AUGUCCACACUUCAACAACAUCAACACCACCAACAACAUCAACAUUGUCCAUAUCCACAUCUUCCAGAAAUUGCACCCCCUUCCUUCAACCCCACACGCAGCGGCUCGAUAGCCCUAGUUCAUCUUGUGUGCCACGGCUCUACCCGCGCAUCAGAAGAUCCUUGCUGA